AUGACAGAGCCUUCUACUCGCUCUGACUUCUCACACUGGUAUUCUGGAGAUGAGUCAGAUAGCUUUGCUCCCGCAAGAAUAGCCUUCGAGGAGGCACGCGCCAUAUUUGAAAACGAUGGGACGGAAGAUGCGAAAAAGAUAAAUCGCUUAAAAGAGAUUGGGGCAACAAGCCUACACGAUGUGCUAGACGCUGUCAAUAAUGCGCAGCACUAUUACCUUAAAACCCGGACCGAUUCCCGAAUGAGACGAUGCAUGGAGCAGGUGUCGGAAAGGAUUUACUAUUAUGGAAACGUUAUGGAUGUUUUUAUACAGCAGCACCCAGAAUAUGUUUCCCUAGCAUGGGGUACAAUGAAGUUGUUGGUUGGGGGUAUUGUCGAACACAAAAAGAUCGGAUCAGUACUUGCGAAUGGUCUUCUAGAUAUUGCAGAUGCUUUACCCCAUGUCGAUCUUGCCACAAUCUUGUACCCGACCGCUAUGGUCAAAGAGACGGCUGCAAGGCUAUAUGCGCACAUCCUUCGAUUCUCGCUCCGCGCCUUAAAAUGGUAUGAGGAGAGACCAUGGAAACGAGCAGUGCAUUCCGUAACGAAGCCCGCGGAUUUAGCAUAUAAUGAUAUACUUGACGAUAUUCAACGGGCAACUCGCAGCAUUGCCACGCACGCGACAGCCGGCAAUCAAGCUGAGCUACGAGAUGCACACAAAGCAAUAAUUGCUACUCGACAACUUAUUAUCGCAGGCCAUGAGAAAGAUUCAUAUGAGCACAUGGAGCUUCGAAGGCUAUUGAUCAAUCUCGUUGGUGAUCUGCGAUCCGAUAUUUAUUUAACGCAAGAUCAAGCCCAAAAGGAGCGAGCGCAGAUAUACCGCUCAGUAUCAAAUAUAGAAGCCACCCAGGCCCUGCAAAUAAUGACCAUGCCGUGCGAGAUAAGCCACCAGAGCAGCCUCCAAUAUUCAAGGCAUUUUCGCGACCGAAGACGCUUCACUCAGAAAACGAAAACAUUCCCAUUCUGGCAGUCUCCACAUCUACAUGCGUGGAACAAGUCGUCAAAUUCGUUAUUAUUUGUUCUGAAAGUCUCUUUUUCUUAUCGACAAAUAGUACAAGACUUUUCCACAAACGUAAUUGAGCAGCUGUCUUUGGCUUUUCAAAGUCCAGGACGAGUGUUGUUCUGUCAUCGCUGCCCUGAAAAGCCUCCUUCACCAGGCUGUCACCACGAGUCCAAUAAAAAGGAUGUUGUCUUAGAAUUUGUUGACAGAUUCAUGCAUGCAAAGCUUGAAGAGGACUAUCUCGCCGUACUUUGUGGGCUACUCCAGUCUUUCCCAGUUGUUUAUAUGAUUAUUCAUUUAGAGGCCGUCGAGUCGCCCUAUGCCACACAGUUCGCCAGCCUCCUAAAACAGCUAACAGAACAGCUCCCAAAAUCUACAAAUAGUACGGUACUCAGGAUUCUUAUCCUUAGUUGGCGGCCUGGUGAUGACAUUGGGGAGCCCGGGCAAGCGCAUCGAUCAAAAUUACAAGUGCGAAAAGCAUCAAAGCGCAAAGGAUCUCGGUUACCAACGCGCCCUUUACGAUAG